ACUUCCUGUCUGUUGGAGCAACAAGAGUAAACAAAUCGUAAACGUCGCAUAACGGAGACGAUGUCUGCACAGAAGAGGAUCAAACGAGUUUCAUUCGGCGACACCUUUCACCACCAGAACGGAGAACGAGAGAUUCAUGACAUUUUGCGGCAACUGAAUCAAGCGAAAACAGCAAACAGCAUAGAAGAGGUUGGAAGCGAGCUUCUCAAACAUAUCGAAGAAGAGAACAAGAAGAAAAGGAAAGACCUUGACACACAACUUCGCGAAACACGAAGAGAAAGAGACAUGGCAGUUGAAGCUCGAGACAGAGCAGUUGAAGACCGAAGCACAGCACUGAGAGAAAGGGAUGUUGCUAUCUUUGAAAGAGACACAGCUGUCAGCAAGCUAUCACGUUUAGCAUCUGAAAACGAAGUUAUGAAGUUACAAUUGAGACACAUGGAGGCUGAACGACGAAAAUUUGAUUUUACUAAGGCACGCGAUCUUCAAGCACAAGUUGAGUGUCAGAAGACUGAAAUAAUUGCAUUGGAAGAGAAGUUAAUGGCCGCACAGUCAGAGUUACAGACGCUGGGUGUGAUAUACAGUCUGCAUAAGUCUUUAUCUCAAGAGCAAGUUUUGAAGAACCAGUUCACAGGCACUCUGGAUGACUUCGAGCGUUGCCUCAAACAGAGAGAAGUUGACAUUCUUACCGCACAACGUCAAAACCAAGAUCUUGCAAGGCGCUUCGAUAUGUGCCAGAAGGAACGAAAUGAACUACAUCUAAAGGUACAGGAGCUCGAGAGAACAAAAUUUCAUCGUUCACCAGCUCCAGGAUCAAGCAAGUUGAAAUUGAAUCGUUUUGCUCAGUCCCCGACUUUUCAGGGCAGCGUUGUGUAGGAACAACGUAAAUGUGUUUAUGUGGGUUGGAUUAGCUACAAAUUUGUUAGGACAUUUUUGCAGUCAGUAAGUGCAUGUCACUCUAUUCAGAUGAUCAUUUCUUUCCUAAUUGAUGUAGAAGUUUUCGCAAAUUUGUAUAAUUUAGAUUAUCCAAACAGUAAAACAAGAAGAUUGACAUACCU